GACUCCUCCCAUAGAAGUGACGUUUAUCAACAUAUAAACAUAUGUCCCGCCCUUUUUCAUUCCCUUUCCGCUAAAGUCUAAGUAGUAAGUCAACGUGCCUAAGGUGCUUGGUUCUUCUUUUGAAGCUAAGGCCCUGAAUCCGGCGACUAGCACAACCAAAAUUAGGCAUCCGACGCCCAAACUAUAAAAUAUACAUAGAAAGAUGGCAUCUGUAUCUGAACUCGCUUGUAUUUACUCUGCCCUCAUCCUCCACGAUGAUGAAGUCACGGUCACAGAAGACAAACUGAUGGCUCUCAUCAAGGCUGCCAAUGUGACGAUUGAGCCUUUCUGGCCCAGUCUGUUCUCCAAGGCCCUGGCCAGCGUAGACAUUGGCAGCCUGAUCUGCAACGUGGGUGCAGGUGGUGGAGCUGCACCUGCCGCUGGAGGCGCUGCACCUGCUGCAGACGCACCAGCCAAGGAGGAGGAGAAGAAAGAGGAGAAGAAGGAAGAGUCAGAGGAGGGUUCCGAUGACGACAUGGGCUUCGGUCUUUUCGACUAAACCAGUUUUUGUAACAAAUAAAAUCAAAGAAACUGAACUGGCAA